GAAAUGAACCCUCUGGAACUGAGAAUACCAUAGAGACGGGAGGAGCCGCCCGGAGUGACCCGAGAGGAGAGAGACCUCCUCCUCCUCAGGUGUGACCCGAUACCAGAGACCCCCGGGAGUUAACAGAAAGGGGAUCGGUCCCACAAGUGACCAAACAAAUCUUCUAUUCCUUCGAAGCGACCCAGUAGACACGGGAGAAGAAAGGCACCCCAGAGUGACCCGAAUACAGAUAUAUUAACAAAGUAACUCGAGACCAGGAGGACCACCAACAGUGCCCCGAUAGAGCCCGGCAGAGGGCGUGACCCUGUGUCAGGAGCUCUGUAGAGCAGGAGCGGGAUUGUAGAGCAUUGUCACUACACCAGCCAUGCCGUUCCCCUUUGGGAAGUCCCACAAGUCUCCUGCAGACAUAGUGAAGAAUCUAAAGGAGAGCAUAGCUGUGCUCGAGAAGCAGGACAUCUCUGACAAGAAAGCGGAAAAGUUGAGAGGAGGGUUGUUACCUCACACAUUGAGCUCCCCCACCCUCCAAACCAAUUCCUUUAGCCGUCCCUCUCCAGGCUCAAACAUCUCGCUUCCUGCGUAUUCUGCUGACGACAUGCACAUCAGGAGCAAGGACGAUAAGAAACUGCCAUGGCCUAAGCCGAAAAGAAGCUCGUUUGUGUCCGGGAGACAGAAAAUGGACAGGACAGCAGUAUUAUCGGCAACUGAGGAGGUGUCUAAAAACCUGGUGGCUAUGAAGGAAAUCCUUUAUGGAACAAACGAGAAGGAACCACAAACAGAGGCUGUAGCUCAAUUGGCUCAGGAACUGUACAACAGUGGACUUCUGGGAACCCUGGUGGCUGAUCUACAGCUCAUAGACUUUGAGGGCAAAAAAGAUGUGGCUCAGAUCUUCAACAAUAUUUUGCGAAGGCAAAUUGGAACUCGGACUCCGACAGUGGAAUACAUAUGCACUCAACAGAAUAUUCUCUUCAUGCUUUUAAAAGGAUACGAGUCUCCUGAGAUUGCUCUAAAUUGCGGAAUCAUGCUGCGGGAAUGCAUCCGGCACGAGCCACUUGCUAAGAUCAUCUUGUGGUCCGAGCAGUUCUAUGACUUCUUCCGAUAUGUGGAGAUGUCAACAUUUGACAUCGCUUCAGAUGCUUUUGCAACGUUCAAGGACCUGCUGACGAGACACAAGCUCUUGAGUGCUGAGUUUCUUGAGCAGCAUUAUGACCGGUUCUUCAGUGAAUAUGAGAAGUUAUUGCACUCAGAAAACUAUGUGACAAAACGACAGUCAUUGAAGCUUCUUGGAGAGCUUCUGUUGGACAGACAUAACUUCACUAUCAUGACUAAAUAUAUCAGCAAACCAGAGAACCUCAAAUUGAUGAUGAACCUUCUACGUGACAAGAGCCGCAACAUCCAAUUUGAAGCUUUCCAUGUCUUUAAGGUAUUUGUGGCCAACCCCAACAAGACCCAACCUGUCCUGGACAUCCUGCUGAAGAACCAGAGCAAACUUAUUGAAUUUCUCAGCAAAUUCCAGAAUGACCGCACUGAAGAUGAGCAGUUUAACGAUGAGAAAACCUACCUAGUGAAACAGAUCCGGGACCUGAAGAGACCCGCACAGCAAGAGGCCUGAGGUGGAUGGGGGAGCAGAGGGGGAACCCAAACCCAGCGCUUACUGCGAGAGUAUUCACCAUCCCAUGGACUUUGCGAGCAACGCACUCACUUGCAACCAGAACGGUUUCUCAUUAUUGUCCUUAAUUACAUUUGUGUUUGAGGUUUUAAUCAGAGUGUAACCCCUUGCCUGCUGGAAGAACCCAGGUGCUGCACUAUCCUCCAGCAGCUCAGGGGUUAAUAGAGUGCAUUAACUACCUUUUCUAUCUUUUUUUUUUUUCCUGUCUUGCACAUUUAUAACACCAGAUGGAAUUAUUUUCCCCAUCUUUUCUCCUUGUUGCAUCGGCAUGGGAUUGAGACUUUCAUUAUCAAUGUAUUUGGGGGAAGUAAAAUAGAGAUCGUAGUAUCUCAAGUGAGUGUAUAGUUAUUAGUCUGGGCUUUGGAUAAGAAGGCAUACUUGUACUUUUCCCCCCUUUUUUUUAUGCAAGGCAUUGCAUGCUUGCAGAAAAAUGAAAAUCUGGUUUCCAUCAGCAUAUUUGCACAUGAACUUGUUAGAGAAAUCGAGCACAAAACCUGAUUCGUGCAUAGCUGGUACUUUUAAGACAACAAUAUGCCUUGAUUUCAAACCGAAACAAUCAAUAAAAUGCAACAGUGCAGUGCUUUUAUCUGAAAUAAAGAGGAGCAAUGCGGCCCGCAUGGAGGAAGAGCAGUGGAAGAUUCUGGGGUUAAUGUGUAUUUUUAAGUGUGAAUUGGAGGAGUUUUCUGUAAAGAUAAGCGCAUAUUCCUUAUAUAUGCCUUUCAACUGCUUUCUUGCUUUAUUUGAUGGUGUGUGCUUAUUAUUAUUUUAGCAGGUGUUUAUGAUGGAUUUGAAAAAGAGCAGAAUCGUAUAGCAUUGGUGGGAGGCUGGACACAGCAUAUAUUCAUCUGAAAGUGCUUCUCCAUAAAGUGGUGCUGAGUAUACCACAUUCUCAACUCAUGCAGAACCAGACAUUGAUCACUAUACCAUCCUUAGUGAUAUUUUAAGUUGUUAAGAGUAACUCUAUCCGCAGACAACAAAAAUAACUUGACUCACUAUAUCCUUGUAUCUUGUCAGAUGGUGCAGUUCGGCAAAUAUAUAAAACAUGCUCCAUUAUUACACUUUAGGAAUGUAUAGCUUGCGUCUGGUACACCCUGCAUGGUGUGGGUGCUUAGGCUGGGUUACAGAUGGUUGGAGACGUCACAGUGGUUUGAUGCUAGAGUGUAGGUAAUACACAAACCAAUUUAUGCAGCAGUGUUUUACUCUAAGGUUUACACUCUCCCCCUGUUGACUCAUCAAUAUUUCCAUUGCAGCCCUUCCCAUACGGAUUUCCAGGGCACUGGCUAAAGCAUAUGGAUUUCUCUCUCCACCUUGGCACCAGCACUACCCACUGCAGUUGUUAUGCUACUGUAAAAUAAAAUGUGCCAGUAAGUGCUUGGCUCCACAUACAGAUUGUAGUUAUGAAGUUAGGAGAGGAUGGUGUAUUUGGAAAAGGAAAGCCAGACUGCUGAUGAAUGAGUCAUUUACUUUGCCAUGGAUCUGGUUUAAGAUUUCAUGAUGACAUUUUGAAUGCUAUUAAAUAGUUUGACUGGGUCGAUCUGGCGAUGCAGGUUUUGUGGUUGUCAUUCAGCAGACUGUAUGCUUGGCAACGCAGAAUGAGUGAUUCAGGUCAUGCAUGUGGUUCUAUGUAUACCCGUUGGAUGCAUGAAGUGGGUUGGAUAACGCAGUAUAUAUUGACAUUCCCUUGGAGCAUAAGUAAAGUAGUGUCUAGUCAGACGGCACAAGGUAUAAGUCCAAGCAGUGCAGUGUGGCUCUUCUAGUGCAAUCUUCCAUCAACAUAUUAGAAUACUUUUUUAUAAGUUAAUUUUACUGGCAUAGAACAUUAGUGCACCUACAAGCCCUGACUUUUUAAGUUAAGGGUCAAGUCAUUCAAAUGUUUCCCUGCAUCAGAUCUGUUUAUUAUAUGAGGGAUGGUCUGCCUGAUGCAUGUAGUUGGAACAGUGCAUGCGGUUUGGUUCCCACCAAAUAGCUUCCAUUCUUUGCCCCAUUAAAUGAUGGCCUCAAACCUUUCACCGGCAACAUGCUGAAACCAAAGCCUUGGGUGGAGGUUUACCUUCUGCUUUCACGCAGACUUGCUUUGGGUUUCUGUGGAAUCUAUGUAAAUACAUUUUUGGCCUCUCUUAUACAUAAGGAAAAAAUAAACUGUACAGCAACUGAG